AUGACGGCGUCGACUGACGACUCUGCGUUCCAUCUGCCUAAGUUGCGCGUCUCAUUUGGCUUCGAGGCUCGUCUCACAGAUGAUACCAGAUUCCUAAAUAACGACGACGACGUUGCCGGUAUUGUCACCUUGCUUGCACAUUGGGUUAAAUUAUUGGCUAACUCAAGCCUCGCAGAGUUUUUUGACGUCAAAUUCUGUCCAUACCAGCCACUUAACUGCGAUCCUGUAUUUGCAGCCGUUCUGAUUUGCAAGCUUUCUUCUGACAGUGGAGAUGCAAAUCCAUGCUCGGUCCUAUCCAUCAUAAGAGAUGAUGACGAGGAUGCGUCAGGCUGCUGCUGUACGUGGACGAAGGACCCCAUCACUGGAGCCCCGUUCAUUUGCAUAGGUGGCGGAGAUGCCAAGGUGAAAAUCUACGAUGUUCGAAAUGGCACACUAGUAGACUCUUUCUCUGGCCACGGAGGUGACGUCAAUGAUCUUGCGACUUCGCCGGUAGACUCCUCAAUCAUCGCCUCGGCGUCCAACGACACGAGCAUUCGAAUCUGGAGCGUCGAGGAAAGGUUUAGAUCAAAUCCAUGUUUGUGCAUUCUCGCUGGAGAAGGACAUUAUGGGAAUUUGCUCAGCUUGUCAUUCCAUCACACUGGACGCUAUCUUCUCUCGGGUGGUCACGACCAAAUUAUCAACCUCUGGACCGUACCGGAUCUCCCAACAAAGCCCGUCAUCACGCCGUUCCAAGUACACUACCCUCACUUUUCCACAUCCGCCGUCCACAGCGGCAUCGUAGACUGCGUCGCCUUUUUCGGCGACGAAAUUCUGUCCCGAGCAUGCCACGACAACGUCAUUGUGCUCUGGCGCAUCGUGGGAUUCGCGCCCGACGACCCGCUGCCGCCACAGACCGACGCACCUACCGUCCAGGCGGCCGUACUGGCCGGCCCAGACGACCAAUCACGCCUGACACGGUCCUUCUUCCAGCCGACGCUGACGCCCGAGUCCCCAGUGCAGUACGUGCGGCUGCUGGAGCUGCACACGCCCAACUGCGGCCCCCAGUUCUUCAUGCGCUUCGGCCUGCACCACGUGCCUGGCCAGAAUCCGGUGCUGGCCUUUUGCAACGCCGGGGGCAACAUCCUCUUCUGGGACCUGCACCGCCUCGUCGCCUACCGCGAGGUCAUGAGCGCGCUGCGGGACCGCGAGCGCACCGCGCAGCCGCCGGUGCUGCCCAGCUGGCUGAAGCCCAUCAUCCCCCGGCAGCGCGCCGACAUGUACGGCCGCAUCAAAGGCGUCAAGGAGAAGCGCGCGGGUGCCGCCGGGGCCGCGUCGGUCAGCACGACGUCGUCGUCGCGGGGCGGCCACGGUGAGCCGGGACCGGCCAGCGGUGCGGCGAAAGCGACGCCGGGACUGAGCGCGGAGACGCUCGAAUCCUGGGCGGCCAAGUACAGCACGGAGGAUCCACACGAGCCCAUCAGCGCCCACCGCACCGAGUCGUCGGCGUCGACGUUUGUCGGGCGGCAAGCGGCGUGGAGUCCCGGUGGCGAGUGGUGCGUCGUGGUGGGCAGCUCCAACACGGCAUUAGUUCUGCAGCGGUGGGCGAAGUAA